CAGUCACGACGAACAACUUGGGAAGAGAACAUACAAGAUAGCCAGAACAUCCCAAGCACGAGGUCUUAGCUACGAUAACCAAAUAUCAGACGGCGCCCUUCCAAUUAGUUUCCAUCCUACGAAUUUACAGCCAAAGUCUAAAGAUCAACAUGACGACCAGCCCCAUCCGGAUAGCCCUGAUCGGCCUCUCCGCAAAUUCUGGCUCCGCCUGGGCAGCCGGAGCUCACCUCCCCUAUCUCAUCUCCCCCCGGGGCAAAAAGCACUACACCAUCGUCGCCCUCCUGAACUCUUCCCCCGCCGCCGCCCUCGCCGCCCGGGACUUCUUUCACCUCCCCGCCUCCGUCAAGACCUACGGCGACCCGGAAGCCCUCGCAGCCGACCCAGACAUCGACCUAGUCGUCUGCAUCACCCGCGUGGACAUCCAUUUCCCGACCAUCGCCCCCAGCCUGCGCGCCGGCAAACCCGUCUACGUCGAGUGGCCGCUCACCGACAACCUACCCCGCGCGCUCGAGCUAGAACGUCUCUCCGACAAAACCGCCUGGGAAAGCAGCAUCCUGGGCCUCCAAGGCCGCGUCGACCCCGUCGUCCUGAAGCUCGCCAGCCUGCUGCGCGAGGGGCGAAUCGGCAAGGUCCUAAGCAGCGACGUGAGGGCGUGGGACGCCAUGCUGCCGCGGGACCAGGUGCCGCAGGUCGUCGAGUACCUCUCGCAGAGGAAAGUGGGCGGGAACCGCGUCACGAUUGCCUACGCGCACUUCAUCGACAGCGUGCACUCGGUGCUGGGCGAGUUCGACGGGUUCCAGGCCCGGGUCCAGCUUCGGCGGCCCGAAAUCGACGUCGUGGACGGGUUCCCCACGGGGAACGUCGUGCGGAAGACCGCCACGGAUGUGCCUGACUUGGUCGCUGUCCACGGCGCGCUGAAGGGCAAGGACUACGUUGCCGACCGUGCUACCUUGACCGCGGCUAUUCGGUCGGGGCCUCCGUUCAAGGGUGACCCGGCGUUCGUGUGGUCCAUCCAUGGCGAGAAGGGGGAGAUGCAGUUCACCAUUCCCACGGGGCCGUAUCUCCAAGUCGGGCACGAAAAGGGUCAGGUCUCGGUCAAGGUCCAUGAUUUUGCCACGGACACCGUCGAGGACGUUGAGUGGGACUGGCAGGAUUGGCAGAAGGAGCUGCCGCUCAGGGCACGCGACGUCGGCGAAUUGUACGAGCGGUAUGCUGCUUGGGUUGAAGGUGGCAAGGGUAAGAUGGAGGAGGGCAGAGAGUUUACCACUGUCGCGAGCGGGAUGGCUCGGAUGAGAGAGACGAAUGAGGUUCUUGCGCAGUUUGACCAGCAGCAGUCUUGAUUCUGGGACCUAAUUGCCUUGGCUUGUCAGUUGAGGACUUGAGGUGAGGUAAAGGUCCUCUUUUAUAUUUUAAAUAGGUCCAUGAGAACAAGUUGAGCGCUUUGAAGGGACUCGGAGUCUCGAGAGGUUGAAGGUCUGGGAAAUAGUCAAAC